ACAUUAUUAAUUAAUGGCUGCGCUUGCGUGAUGCCGGGUGCGUGUUAUUUUAAGUUGUAAAGUGGCGUCGUUUUACUGUGUAAUUGAUAUUUAUUUGAUAAUAAGUUUAAUUUAAUAUAAAAAGCCAAUAAGCAAGAAUGGUGGCUCAAAAGAAAGGUCGUGGUGCGAAAAACCAGGGUGCCAAAGCCAAAGCGAAUCAGCCCACUCAGGAAGUACCUGAGGCCGAAGUCGCCGAGCCUGUAGAGACCGACGAGAACAAUGGAGACGCGCAACCUGAGGCCGAACAGGCAGAAGGGACAGGUGCGGAGGAAUCCACCGAAGAACAAACUGAAGGAGAACAGAAUCAAGGUGAUGAUGCAAAACCUGAAGAACAAAAAGAAGACAAAGUUGAGGCUGGUAAACUUCUUGUGGAAAAUCUCCCGUCAAGCUAUCUCUUUGAUUAUCAAGAAAAACUCAAGGAGCUGUUCUCCAAGCAUGGCGACGUCGUCAGCGUCAAACGUGGUCCAAUCAUUGUUACUGAACUGACCACGACUCCGACAUUAUCGGCUAUAGUCGAAUUCAAAAACAAAGAUUCUCUGGAAAAGGCGCUGGCGGAGAACGGCACGGUGCUGGACGGCAGCGCCAUCUCCGUGGCGGCGGAGUCUCGCGCCGAGACCGCGGUGCUGGUGGGCGUGCCCUACGAGGCCAGCACGGACUACGUGCGUCUGCUGUUCGCGCAGUGCGGGGAUAUCGCGCACGUGCACGAGUUCAGCAAGACCAAGUAUAAGAUAUUGAGAGUAACUUUCCACGAGAAAGAGGCAGUGGAGAAGGCUCUGAAGCUAGACCGAGAGUUGCGCAUCAACGGCUUCCUCGUCACCGUUUCCAAGUACCGUGAUGAGGACGAGCAGAAAGCGCAUUCCGCCAACACCAAUAAGAACAAGCGGCAACACGCACAACAGAACCGCAACACCAACGUCGGUAACAACGCGGGCGGGGGAGCGGGCGCCGCCGCGCGCGCCAACUUCCGCCCACGCGGGGCCGCCUUCAACGCUAGGGGGAACUUUAGAGGAGGACGCGGGCGCGGCUUCGCAGCUCGCGGCGGAGCCUUCCCGCGCGGCGGGUUCGCGCCCGUCAACACGUACCUGCCGCCCGCGCACCAGCCCUUCAUGGGCCGACCGAACUACCUGUAGAACAUUAAUCAAGAACAAACAGCAAGGCGGGUUCAUGAACGAUGGCCAGAGGCCGAACAAGCGACUCCGACAGAUGUAAACUCUUUGUAAAGUAUAAUAAUAACAAGUAUUGUGCGUCGUUUUAUGUCGUGUGUGUGUGAGUGUGCGCGUCCUACAGACAGUCAGGCAGUGACAGAUGGCAGUAUCAGAUAAAUCUAGCUAAUUGUAUUUACUAAGUACAUGAAAUAAAAAUAAUUGUAAACUAUUGUCUUUUGACAGAUAAUAAAUAAUUACUAACAUUUC